AUGCCGAUGGCUUCUGCGACGCCGCUUCCUUCGGGAGUGAGUCCUCCUCUUACGACGGAUAAUGAUAAUAAUCAUGGCGGGUUGGUUGUGAUCAUGACCUCGUUGGCUUUGGUUCUGGUACUAGCUUCUCUUGCGGCGAGGUCCUAUUCGGCGGCUCAGAGACAUAUCUUCCAACGAGAUGAUCUGCUAUUUGGCAUACUUGUGACCGCAUAUGCAGCGGAGGUUCUCUCCGUCCUUGUCCUGGGAUUCUCGAAAAUUACAUCUAGCUUAUUCUACGAAACCCUCUUCUCACAAAUGAAUCUUCGGCUUAUUCGGGGCAUUCUUGCUAUCAUGAUUGCUUGGACGGUGAUGUCUGUAAUUUUACUGGCCGUUCGCUGCAGCGAUAAACCGUGGUACGACAUAAGCGAUGCUCAGUGCAGUAGCUUGUUCCCCCGUUGGAUCGCAAUUACAGUUUUCGACAUCAUCACUGAGAUCCUGCUAUUCUUAUACGCCGGACUUGCAAUCCACAAGAUCCAAAUAUCAUUACAAAAGAAGCUAAUGGUGGGAGUGACUCUGGAGAGUCGUAUCCUUCUCAUUCCCCUCGCCGGCAUUCGACUCUACUAUGUGAACAAACAAAUCAUUUCCGACGACCCGAUCCUCCUCGGAGCAUACUCCACAAUCACAACCGAGAUAUACAUUGCCAUGAGCGUCGUCUGCCUUAUAUCCGCAUUCCUAAAAUCCUUCAUCGCGGUCUUCGAGGACAAAAAUGGCCUUUCAUAUACGGACGGCACGUCCGGGUCUCGAUCGAGGAAAUCAAAACAAUUUGCCUCGGCGAGUACGGCAUCCCCACCGAAUAAGAUGGGCCCGCAUAGCUCGGCGAGUGCGGAUCGGUUGAAGGGGUGGGAGCGAGAGGAAGAUCCGAUUAUUGAUCAGGGUGAUGGGCGAGGCUUGCAGAUAUUGAAAACGGUGCAUCUUGAUGUACGGGAUGAAUCUAUAGAAUUGGCGGAGCAGGGGGCUGCGAGUGCAAGUUCACCUGGAUGA